AUGGAUAACUAUUACCACCCAGCAUCUCUGGGUCAUUAUUCUGCGCCCGGGAACAUCCCCCAGCAUCGCAUCGCGCCGUCCCGGAGUAACUUGUCUCUACAGGCUACAAUACGGCAUACAGCAGACCAGGGGCCUGUAUAUACCAGCAAAACGUGGACGAACAGCAGCGGCGAUCACAACAUUCUUAACGAUACUGAUGAAUUGGAUGAUAGGGCAGGCUUUGUCCAGGAAUACAACCGUUUGGCAAAAAAGAAUGGAGUGAGAAUAUUGGUGAUUGAUGACUUUGACUUUCGAGCCAAAGGACUUGACAGUCCUCGGAAGCAAGGAUGGCUUUACCGCAUACUGCGACACUCCUCGAACCAAAACGGGCCAGACACACUCCCUCUAACUCAAGGACCUCGUCACAAACGCAGCGUAUCGGAUCUUGCCCACAAUUUAGUACAUCGGCACGAAACUCCAAAGAUGAUCGAUCUCCAAUCCAUGAUACGGAUAAGCGGCAAGAGUAUGUUCUAUCUUCCAGUCGAGCACGCACCGUCUGCCCUUAUACUUCCAACAUGUCUUCGAGCUACUGCACAUCACAUCGCUCAGCAUGUCACCACUCGAGGGAUAUUCCGUAUACCGGGAUCUAUCAGAGUAGUCAACAUGCUUUUCGACUAUUACUGCUCCACGGAAUAUGGCCAAGUCGACAUUACGAGUACCACUGUCCGAUGCGCAAACUUGCCUAUGCACGUUCAGGCCUCUGUACACGAUGUCGCAUCAACCUUUAAGCGUCUGCUCUCGGUCAUUCCCGGUGGGAUACUUGGCUCCCUAUCCCUUUUCGAUGCUUUUGUGGCAAUCCAUUCCCAACUGCAAGGUGAUCCCGAGUUCCCUCGUACGAAGCACACCAAAGUACGGGCCCGACUCAUUGCCUUGGCUAUCGCAACAGUAGAGUCGCAAUUCCGAAGGGAAUUGAUUUGCGCCGUUUUUGGACUUCUCAGCCUCAUUGGGAGAGUAGCAGAAAUCACCCCUCGAGAAGACGAAGACGGAAGACCACUACCGACAGGAGAUUUGAUGGGUUACAACGCACUGGGUAUAGUAUUUGGGCCUCUCCUGUUAGGCGAUUUACUCGGGCUAUACUCCAUGAAAUUGGCCACACCAAAGGCAGGGUUACUGGUGCUCCCAUUGAGAUCUCCAAAGUUGCGACAGGAUCGACGUGUACGGAAGACCCUUGACGAACUACCAGGCCCUCCUACAAUGGACAAGAUUCUCGUCGCCAACACCAUUACAGAAAUGCUCAUAGUCAAUUGGAGAGAUGUUGUACGUCAGAUGAAAUCCCUGGGCAUAAAUCGACAACAAGAGCCACGGACCAUGAGCCACAUGAGUGAUUCACAGGAGAACAAUUUCGUUAUCAAGAAGCCACAAGGUUGGGAUCGGGAAUGGCGUGGCCAGGCGGGAGACGAGAUCACGAGAGAAAGCAGUCCAGAGCCACCCACACCUACCCUGGGGAUAUCGAAACACCGAUCGAGGAACCGUGGGAGCUCGGCAUCCAGAAAGCUUGGGAUAAGGCCCAGUGUAGGGUGUCUGAGCCCUACAGCGGAGGAGAGUAUUCACGAUGAAGAGGGCUUACAGGACACCCCAAAUUACAAGAGACAUAGUGUUGCUGAGGUAAAUUACAGCCAGCAAAUGACUCCAAGGGAUAGGCAGCAUUUCCAAAACGACUUGGCAUACUCCAGUCGCAACGAGCCAGGGAAAGACAGUGAGUCCUAUAUCGCCCCGACACCUACCUCAGUCAUGAGGAACAAGAGAGCCAUAUACCACCGCAGCCCAAGGGUUUCGGAGGAAGACGUCCCGCCUCGCACAUCUUCCAAGCGAUCAACCCCUUUGCAUCGAGCCAGUGUCGACGCGCAAGAUAUCUUGGGGGUAACGAACACUGCAGACCCUACAUCUAUUGAACGCAAGGGUGCGAUUAGAAAGAAGCAUCCAGAGAAAGGCAAACCCGAAAAGACACACCGUCAUUCCAUUACUGUUGAGUGGCCAGAGUCUUUUGCGACGUCUUCCGAUACUUUGACAAACCAACGUGCCCAAACGACUCAGUUUGAGUUUCCUUCCGAGAAGGAAGCAUUAGAAGCCGCUAUCAAAACGCACUUCGAUGAGCUCAGAGAAUUGGAUUCUUCCGAACAGAACAAGCAGCCACCACUCGGUACCGGUAGCAAUCAUAAUUUACCAGCAUCUACCCUUGGCCUGGGGUUCGACAUUCAACAAAAUCCUCUGGACAAACCGGACGGGGGCAAUGAGUAUACAAUCAGUUGGGGUGGCCAGAAAGGGACUCAUAACAACUCCUCGGCAAAUUCUGCUUCAACGACACCAAGGCAAUUCUACGCACCCAUGCGGGUGCCAUCAACAAUUGCAGGAGAGAAUAUCCCGAUGAAGUUACAAUCCCCCGAGAGCCAUGCAGCGACAUAG